AUGGUCUUAAGUCGACACUUGAGGGGAUUCUGUAGUCCACGUUCCGCGAGUGGAUCCGCAAAGACGGGCGACACCCUCCUGAGAAAGGUUGCAGUCUUCACGGCUCGUUUACCACGCAUACAGGGCCCUCAUUCCUCCUUCGUCGCAGGGCGUUACAUCCUCUACGUUUCCUACGGGUGUCCGUGGGCGUCGCGCACCCUCAUCGUGCGCAAGCUGAAAGGAUUGGAAGACGUGAUCGACCUCGCCGUUGUAUAUUACCACCUGGGCGAGAACGGCUGGGAGUUCCGCCCUGAAGUUGAAGGGUGCACGCCUGACCCGGUGUACGGGGCUAAGACGAUCAAGGAGAUAUACCUGCGCGCUGAUCCGGAGUACGCGUUGCGGCUCACGGUACCGGUGCUGUUUGACAAGACGUUGGGGACGAUCGUGAACAAUGAGAGCAGCGAGAUCAUCCGGAUGUUGAACACGGACCUUGACGAAUUCGUGACGGACGAACACAAGGGAGUGACCUACUACCCAGAGAAUCUGCGCCAGGACAUCGACGAGAUCAACGAGUGGAUUUACCACAAGAUCAAUAACGGGGUCUACAAGACCGGCUUUGCUACCACGCAAGAGGCAUAUGACGAGAAUCUGUACCCGCUGUUCGACGCCUUGGACCGCGUGGAGAAGGUUCUCGAGGGGCGGGAGUUCCUCGUUGGGCCUGGCAAAGGCACCCUGACCGAGGCUGACAUCCGGCUGUACACCACGAUCAUCCGGUUCGACGUGGGGUACCACGGCGCGUUUAAAUGCAACCUCAAGACGAUACGGCACGAUUACCCGAACCUCCACCGAUGGGUGCGGAACCUGUACUGGAACUAUCCGGCCUUCAAGGACACGACGAAUUUUGACCACAUCAAGGGCGGGUACUACGCGCUCAAGAAGGUUAAUCCCACUGGAGUGAUCCCUCGUGGGCCCGUGCCGCACAUAUUACCUUUGGACGCAAAGUGA